AUGCUGUCUGCCGCUCGCUACUCUGGCCUCCGCGCCGCCCGCACCCCGCGCUCCGCUUCGCUCGUCCAGCAGCGGUUCAACUCGGGCAAGGUCUCGGGUCCCGUCAUCGGCAUGGACUUGGGUACCACCAACUCGUGUGUCGCUCUCAUGGAGGGAAAGGUCCCUCGUGUCCUCGAGAACUCGGAGGGUGGCCGGACAACUCCCUCGGUCGUCGCCUUCACCAAGGAGGGCGAGCGCCUCGUCGGUCUCCCCGCCAAGCGCCAGGCUGUCGUCAACUUUGAGAACACCUUCUUCGCGACCAAGCGUUUGAUCGGCCGCAAGUUCUCCGACGCCGAGGUCCAGAAGGACUUGAACAACGUUCCGUUCAAGAUCGUGAAGCACUCGAACGGCGACGCGUGGCUCGAGGCGCGCGGACAGAAGUACUCCCCGUCGCAGAUCGGCGCUUUCGUCGUCGGAAAGAUGAAGGAGACGGCCGAGGGCUUCCUCGGCAAGCCUGUCAAGCACGCCGUCAUCACCGUCCCCGCCUACUUCAACGACUCGCAGCGCCAGGCCACCAAGGACGCCGGAACGAUCGCUGGUCUUGACGUCCUCCGUGUCAUCAACGAGCCUACCGCUGCCGCCCUCGCCUACGGCCUUGACCGCAACGACUCUCGCCAGGUCGCCGUCUACGACUUGGGAGGCGGCACGUUCGAUGUCUCGAUCCUCGAGAUGCAGAAGGGCGUCUUCGAGGUUAAGUCGACCAACGGCAACACCCACCUCGGAGGCGAGGACUUCGACAUUGCGCUCGUCAACCACAUCGUCGAGGCGUUCAAGAAGGAGUCGGGUCUCGACCUCUCGAAGGACCGCAUGGCCAUCCAGCGUAUCCGUGAGGCCGCCGAGAAGGCCAAGAUCGAGCUUUCCUCGACCGCCCAGACCGACAUCAACCUUCCCUACAUCACCGCCGACGCCUCGGGCCCGAAGCACAUCAACCUCAAGUUCACCCGUUCGCAGCUCGAGCAGCUCGUUGGGCCCUUGAUCCAGAAGACCAUCGAGCCCUGCAAGAAGGCUCUCUCGGACGCUGGCAUGAAGGCGUCGGAGGUUGAGGAGGUCAUCCUUGUCGGUGGCAUGUCGCGCAUGCCCAAGGUCGUCGAGACGGUCAAGUCCGUCUUCGGCCGCGACCCGUCCAAGGGUGUCAACCCCGACGAGGCUGUUGCCGUCGGCGCUGCCAUCCAGGGUGGUGUUCUCGCCGGCUCCGUCACCGACGUCCUCCUCCUCGACGUCACCCCCCUCUCGCUCGGUAUCGAGACCCUCGGCGGUGUCUUCACCCGCUUGAUCAACCGUAACACGACCAUCCCCACGAAGAAGUCGCAGACCUUCUCGACCGCUGCCGAUGGCCAGACCGCCGUCGAGAUCAAGGUCUUCCAGGGUGAGCGCGAGCUCGUCCGCGACAACAAGAUGCUCGGCAACUUCCAGCUCGUCGGCAUCCCCCCUGCGCCCAAGGGCAUCCCCCAGAUCGAGGUUACCUUCGACAUCGACGCCGACGGCAUCGUCAACGUCUCUGCCAAGGACAAGGCCACCAACAAGGACCAGUCGAUCACCAUCGCUGCUUCCUCGGGUCUCUCCGACAAGGAGAUCGAGUCGAUGAUUGCGCAGGCCGAGGCGCACGCGGAGGCUGACAAGGCCCGCCGCGAGCUCAUCGAGGCUGCCAACUCGGCGGACUCGGUUGCUGCCGAGACGGAGAAGGCGCUCAACGAGUUCAAGGAGCAGGUUGACGCUGAGGAGGCGAAGAAGGUGCAGGGCCUCAUCACCGAGCUCCGCGAGCUCAACGUCAAGGCCCAGGUUGAGGGCUCGGAUGUCAAGCCGGAGGACAUCAAGGCCAAGGUCUCGGAGACCCAGCAGGCAUCCCUUAACCUGUUCAAGAAGGUUUACGAAGCCCGCAGUAGUCAGGGAAACUCUAACCAGGAGGCCCCUUCGUCGGAGCCGUCGUCGGAGGAGAAGAAGUAA